AUGACAGACCGAACAAAACGCCGGCGGCUUAAUUCGCCAAAGUCUUUUGAGAGUUUACCCCUCCAGCCUUUGACCCCUUCUGAUAAAGCCAACUGGCAUGGCUUUUGCGAAAUUGAAUCAGAGCCGGCUCUGUUCAAUGUCAUGCUGCGAGAUUUUGGUGUCAAAGGGGUUAAAGUCCAGGAGGUGGUGUCUCUGGAUGACGAGAUGCUAGAAUUUCUUCACAAACCAGUCUAUGGGCUUAUCUUUCUCUUUCGCUGGAAGGAAGAUGAUCCUGAGAAACAGGAGUCAAGCUGCCCUGAGGGCAUUUGGUUUGCUAAUCAAACAUCUAACUAUGCCUGCGCAAGUGUUGCUCUACUUAACAUUAUCAACAACGUCGACGGAAUCGAACUCGGGGAGAAACUUCAGCAUUUUAAGGACUUCACAAUGCCUUUUACCCCUGCACUGCGUGGAGAUGCAAUCGGCAAUUUCGAAUUUGUCAAGCGUGUUCAUAACUCGUUUGCGAGGAAAAUGGAUGUUCUCAGUACCGAUAUGCAGUUAAAGACCGAGGCAAUGAAAAGAAAGUCCAGGGGAAAGAAAUCAAAAUCACAGGAUAUCGAUGAUACUGAGUCCGUCUUCCAUUUCAUCGGCUUCGUUCCAGCAAGGGGUAAACUGUGGAAAUUUGAUGGCUUAGAGCGCCAGCCGCAAAAUCUAGGCGAAUGCUCGGGCGACAAGUGGUUGGAUCUAGCUAAGCCAGAAAUCCUUUCAAGGAUGGCGGAAUACGAGGAAGAUCAAAUCGAAUUUUCCAUCUUGGGCCUUGUAAAGGACCCUCUAAUCGACUUGAAAACACAGCUAGCGGAAAACAUCAAGUGUAUCUUCGCCAUAGACAACCAGCUCUCUACACUGGGUCUAUCUUCUCUGGAUGAUGCCACUGCAACCGCAGUCAAGGGUAACAACGCAAAUGGUAACGGUAAUCGCCAUGAUUCAUUUAUCAACAUCACCCAGGAAGAGAUGGAACGGGCAGGUUUUCCAGAGGAUCUCAGAACCAAAUAUAAAUCUGCAACACCAGAGGAGUUGACAAGUUAUCGAGAAGAGCUCGUCAGCGCCCAAAAGGGAAUUCGAAUUUUGAUCAGCGAGGAACAGCAAUCGCAGCGAGCGGAUGAAGACUACGCGGCAGCAAGAAGGCAUGAUUACGGGCCUGCUGUGCAUACCUGGGUCCGUCUCCUUGCCCGCAAGAAGGUGAUUCAAGGGCUGGUUAGUGAAAUGCAAGCGUAUUGA